CAGUUUUAUCUAUCUCGAUCAAUGACUGAAAUUCUGAAAAUCUGGAAUGUUAUAUUGUUAUGUGUGUGAUUAUUUGAUGCUUUUAUAUGUGGAAUUCUAAAUUAAUUCGUAAAGAUUCAAUUUUUAAACAAAUUUUCAGCUCUUGGCUUGUGAUUUGUGAAACUCUACUUUGAUUCAAGACCGUGUGUUGGGGAAGUUAGGCAUUGUUGAGGGUCUGGGGAAAAUGGGUGAUAAUUCUUUGGAUGGUAUGAUGACGGAUCUUGAUAUGAACCACGACCCGUCCGACCCGGCACCGCCUUCUGAUCCAGUUUUAGGAUUUGGGUAUUUCUUGAAUGAUUUACAGACUGCUUAUAAUAGAAUAGGGGAGAGAAUUGAUUCUUUCUUGAAUGAUUUAGGAACUGCCCAUGAUAAUCUAAUAGAGGAGAGAAUCAGACAGCUGGAGGCUGUCACGGCUCGAGUUAGGGCACGUAAUACUUGGCGUCAGGCUAGAAAUUCUGUGGGAGUAAAUAACGUGUUAGUUGAAGAGAAUGUUUAUGUAGAAGGUAGCGGGGAUGUGGCGGGAACGAAUGUGGUUCCGGGGAGAGGAUGCAAAAGGGACAGUAGCCAUUUGGUGGCGAAGGCGUUAGCGAUGGAUUCUGAGGCGGGGAAGGUUGAGAAGGAUGAUGCUCAGGGAUUUUUCGAUUGUAAUAUAUGCUUAGAGAUGGCCCGGGAGCCUGUUUUGACGUGUUGUGGUCACUUGUAUUGUUGGAUGUGCUUUUUUCAGUUGCCCUAUGUUUAUUCCACGAUGAAGGAGUGCCCGGUUUGCAAAGGAGAGGUGACGGAUGCCACUGUUAUUCCUAUUUACGGUAAUGGAAAUUGGAACUACGAGAAAGAAUUGGAGUCCGGUUUGAAGAUACCUCCGAGGCCAAAAGCACAACGGGUUGAGAGCGUUAGGCAACGGCGUGGGAGCCGGGGCUUGUCUCAUAUUCGGGUUGCACAAGCGCUCGGGCGAAUUAGGGCUACCAUGGGAUUGGGUGAUCAGCAUGGUUCUAAUGUUAGUUCCAUUACGGGUUCUCAAAAUCCAAAUAGCAAUAGCCCGGUGUUUUCCCGUGUGCGUGUGAGAGUGUUAUCGGAAAAUCCCGCUUCCUUGUCAACACAAGGAGAUAAUAAUAAUGGACAGAGAAUAUUCGAGGACUUUGCACCAAGUACUGGCCCGAGCCAACAAAGAAUCAGUGCACCGGUUUUACCGAUUGGUGAUGAUGUGAUAAACUCUCCUGCAUCAAUUCCUUCAUCUUCCCGAGCAAGUGACGUUUCUGAUUCCGUUACACGAUUGGAAAACCUAAUAACAGCUACUCUUGCUGAAAUUAAUAUGCACGUUCGCCCUGCUUCUUCGUCUUCUUCUUCUCAAAGAAGACUUAGUUUAUUGAGGCUUUCAGACAUUGACACUCUAGUUUCUCGUGAAACCAGGAGAAGAAGAUUAAAUUAAUGACUUUCAAUCGAUAAAAAGGCAGUUCGAACUCGAGGAAGACAACAGAUGGUGUAGGCGUGUAGCUUCAAUCCAUCCUUCAUUCCUCGGAAUGGACUUGGCGUUAGUUGCCCAAUCAGGUUCCCCGCUCUCUAGUUCCUUGAAAUGUAUGUUAGCUUGAAGAAAGAAAGAUGGUAUCUGCAGAUUUGCAGCCUCUGUACCUUAUUUUCAUGCUCUUUAUCGAUCAACUUUUCGAUCGCUGUGCCAUGUUUUCCUAUGUUUACAACCUCAAAUAACAUGUGGAAACUAUAAUUUACAGGGAAAGGUAAUACUAUGUUGUUGUUUACUGGUCAUUUCCCGAAAAUAUGAUCUAUGUUUCAUUAUUGUGGUCUGUUUAUAUUUUGUUGAAGACAACAUUAUUGUGAUGACAACAUUUUGAUGGAGUGAAGGGAUGAGUGAUAAGGAUUUAUGUAGAUAUAAUCAUAAGUGCAAUGUGGCAUAAUCCAAGAGUGAAUCCAAGUUCAUAAUUGCUAAUAAAACCCAAACAGAUGUGGAGUUCA